GUAGGGCAAUAUGUCUAGUAUCAAACAAAAGCACCCCAUGUGAAACUUCAACAAGUCCUUCACCUGAUAUGUCCCUCAAUAUUCUUCAAACACAUUGCUACCUCUCUCGUGCAUACUAUUCAUUACCUCUCGAGAUUGAGGUUUGAAGGAGCCACUAUAUAUAUAAACCUAAGUACUUAAAGACAUCAUAUCAACACAACCCAACCAAAGUCAUAAGCCUUUCUUCAUCAAUCACUACUAGAAAAGCUUUUAGAAGAUAGCUGAAGUUACUUGUGUAAGAUGGGUAUUCAACUGAUGGGAAUAGCUCAUUCUAAGCAAAAGCUUCAACGCAGUCUUUCAGCGAAAAUCGCAAGUGUUUUGGCUACUUGUAAUGUUCCGAAAGGCCAUGUUGCUGUCUACGUUGGGGAAGGUUACAGAAAGAGAUUUGUCAUUCCAAUAUCAUACUUGAAUCAUCCAUUGUUCUUGGAGCUGUUACAUCGUGCAGAAGAAGAAUUCGGAUUUAAUCAUCCAAUGGGUGGUCUUACACUACCUUGUACUGAAGAGUACUUCACUAGUCUAACUUCAGCAUUAAGUUGUUCGUAAGAACAACCCUGCUGCCAAAAUUGAUUUUUUCUUUUUCCUUGAUCAUAAAUGCAAUUUGAGACACAAAGUCUGUCCCAAUAUUGUUUUCUUUUAUAUAUUGGCUCACUGCCUUGCUAAAUUCAAAAUGAUAUGUAGGUGUUGUGUAAUUUUUGUAAAUUAAUCAACCCUCUCUGUUGUAGAAUAUCAACCACCAGAGUUGCUAUUUCUUAAAAUGCAGCCUCUUUUUUUGGCCAUAAAA